GCAGCGCCGCCAAUCGCGAUCGUCGCGUUUACGCCGCCUUUCGCGACAAUUUGAAAAUCGAUGCUCGAUCCGCAACCAGCGCUCACCACUACUCAUUACAUUCACGCAUUAGUCACAAGCUAACCUUCAGUGUCGGUACUCGCGGGCCAUUGUUGACACGUUGCACCGCGAUAUCUCGGAGUGGAGUGCAAUAACAGCCGCUAUCACAAUGUCAUAACGAUAUCUUUGUCCCCGGCGGCUACGACGAUUUCGUAUCGCGUAUCUCCGCCGUCGGCACACCGGUGCGCGGUGUUGUCCACAUUAUUUACAUCAUUGUGCGGUCGCGUUUUAUAUGGGACGGUCCAUGUUUGCGGAUUUAGGUGCAGAAUAUACCAGCGGUGUCCGAGUGUCGUUGUGUCGGCCGGUAGUGAUGUGAGGAUGUUAGUGCGCGGUCAUGUCGAGUGUGGCGAAGAAAGACAAGCCGACGAUGUCUGUGACUGCGCUGAUGCAGUGGGCGCGGCCGGCGCCGCCGGGGCCGCAGCAGCCGCCGCCCGCGACCCCCGCGCCCUCCGCCAACAUGCUGCAGUCGCCCGGGACUCCUACAAUGCCGAAUGUCGAUUACUCCAUCGACAUGCAAUGGUUGAACCUGGAGCCAGGUUUUAUGUCGCCUAUGUCACCGCCUGAAAUGAAGCCGGACACAGCGAUGCUGGACGGCGGAAUGCGCGAUGACGCGACGUCUCCCCCUGCGCUCAGGAAUUAUCCGCCUAACCAUCCUCUGAGUGGAUCAAAGCACUUAUGCUCGAUAUGCGGCGACCGAGCGUCGGGCAAACACUAUGGGGUGUACAGUUGUGAAGGAUGUAAAGGCUUCUUCAAACGGACGGUGAGAAAAGACCUGACGUACGCGUGUCGAGAGGAGAGGAAUUGUAUCAUAGACAAGCGGCAGAGGAAUCGAUGUCAGUUCUGCCGCUAUCAGAAAUGUCUCGCCUGUGGUAUGAAGAGGGAGGCGGUGCAAGAGGAGCGGCAGAGGGCUGCGAGGGGAGCGGAGGACGCGCAUCCUAGCAGUUCUGUACAGGAAUUGUCUAUCGAGCGGCUAUUAGAAAUGGAGUCGUUGGUUGCCGAUCCCAGUGAAGAAUUUCAGUUUCUCCGCGUAGGGCCCGACACAAACGUGCCGCCGCGGUACCGCGCGCCUGUCUCUAGCCUUUGUCAAAUAGGUAACAAACAAAUCGCGGCGCUAGUUGUGUGGGCGCGCGACAUCCCCCACUUCAGCCAGCUGGAGAUGGAUGACCAGGUGUUGCUCAUCAAGGCGUCCUGGAACGAGCUGCUGCUGUUUGCCAUCGCUUGGAGGUCUAUGGAGUACUUGGAAGACGACCGAGAAAAUAUGGACGGCACUCGAACGGUCUCGCCGCCACAGCUCAUGUGUCUAAUGCCAGGCAUGACGCUGCACCGCAACUCUGCGCUGCAGGCGGGCGUGGGGCAGAUCUUCGACCGCGUGCUGUCCGAGCUGUCGCUCAAGAUGCGCGCCCUGCGCAUGGACCAGGCGGAGUACGUCGCGCUCAAGGCCAUCGUGCUGCUCAACCCGGAUGUAAAGGGAUUGAAAAAUCGCCAGGAAGUCGACGUACUUCGAGAAAAGAUGUUCUCGUGCCUGGACGAGUACUGCCGGCGGUCGCACAGCGCGGAGGAGGGCCGGUUCGCGUCGCUGCUGCUGCGGCUGCCGGCGCUGCGCUCCAUCUCGCUGAAGAGCUUCGAGCACCUGUUCUUCUUCCACCUCGUCGCUGAGGGCAACAUCGGCGGCUUCAUCCGCGAGGCGCUGCGCAACCACGCGCCGCCGAUCGACGCCAACUCGAUGAUGUAACCGGGACGAUCUAGAACCUUCUAGAACUUUCUAGAACCGUCUGGAGUUUACGGGAGUAGAGGAGACGGCAACGCGUGAGCCGCGGUACUUGUAUGUACGUGAACUGAGUGCCGGGAUAAAACGUCUGUGUAAAAUCAUUCGAGUAUCGUGUCUAUUGCACAGAUAGUUUUACAAAUGAGUUUUUGCAACUGGCUAAAUAUACUUCCACUGUAUGUAUGUUGAUUGUUUAAUGUAAAAGCCUAUUUUGACCCUUGUUUCUGACAUUCUCAUGUCUGUCUGACUUUCAUUUGUAAAACUAAUAUUGUGCUCAGUCUUCCCCGCUGAUUUGUCUAAAGAUUAGAAGUAUAUAAUCUGUCCUGCUAUCAAACUAUAUUUUAUAAUAGUGGAAAAGCAGUUAUGUGCACAUGGCGUACUCGCGGCUUGCACGUUUCGACACGUUCUGUUGGGAUGUUAACCAAUUCGAUCGAUUCGAACUUUGAAUUAUUGUUUAGAAUGUUCGAGACAGUGUUGAGUUAUGUAGCAGUUAUUCUAUAAUAUUAGGUAACCAGUUGAAGUUUAUAAUUCAUUAUGUAAUUUUAAAUACCUAUCCAUAUUCAUUAUGAUAACCGGAAUAAGUAUGCGGCGGGGCCGCUUACAAUUGCAGUGUACAAACUAUUUUUGUUAAACUCAUACUAAAUGUAUAACUUUAAUAUUAACGAUGGGAUAAUUUUUACACUUCGUUUUGGUUUAUUUUGAACCCACACUCGAACUAUAUGAAUAUAUUAGCAUUGUGUUAAAUAUUGGGAUUAAAUGUAAUAAUAAUUUUAAGUUAAUUUUAAUUUGUGUCACAAUGUAUGUGACAACCAAAGCUAGAUUUUGUCUAUGGCGUAAAUUUCUUGUAUUUAUUUUUCUGAUACAGUUUACCGUCUGUGCAUUUAGUUCAUGUUAGAACUUUUUUAUUUACUACUUAUACAAAUUUACUAUCUAAGAAUCAUAGGAGAAUUAACUAUUGUAAGGAAUAUUAGGUGUCAUUUGUAAUAAAUAAAUCUUAUACAAGCAGUUGUAAGUAUUGUCAUUCCGUAGUGUAAAGCCCCGGAUUUAUGAAUAUCAUGAAAUUUUUAAAGAAAGGAAGGUUAGAAAAUUUUAUCAAAUUCUGUUGUAAUAUCGAGGAAAUCGGCUUAUCCUUUGGCUGUUUUAGUUGAAAUUUAUGUCUUGGUGUCCAAAUAUAAAUACCAUAAGUCGAAUCUCAAUUCGAAGCACAGUGAGAAAUAAAAACCCGUCGGAUCGAGACGCGUUAGAUAGUGUAAAUGGGGCCGCCUCUUGUAACAUAAGUUUAUAAUGUAAUCAUCGCGUUAAUAGAUGUAUUCUGCAUAUAGAUGUAAACGUAGUUAGUUGUUUAUAGUUUACCAAAACUUGUAAUAGUACUUGUUGAAGUGCCGUAAAAUAUUUAUCGACUGAGUUAAAUUUCUACAUCACAUUAUUGUCUUUCCUCGGUAGGCGCGUGUAUUCUUGGUGCUUGAAAAUGCAUUAAAUUGCAUAUCAAUAUGCGUAGCAAAUUAAUCGUUAUUGACAUAAAAUAAAUAAUUUGUAAAUAUUUAUUGCAUAUAAUUUUUGUAAUUCACAAACUGAAGGGCCUAUUACUGUACGUAUCGUCUAAGGCCAGUUUAUUUCUAAUCAUAAAGAGCAAGUACGAAUUUCGAGAUCAGCUACUAAAAUAGCCAGUAUUACGAACCGAAAAAACGUUAACAAUACGAUACUGUUAUUUACUUUUAAAUGUAUAAAUAGUUGCACUUUUUGGAUUUCUAGAAGACAGCUCAAUUAGUGACUUCAAUUUUAAAGUUCUGUAUUAUUAGAUAGAAAUGUUUAAAGUCGUUCUAAAAAUAGGAUCUAUCUAUGAAAUUAUUCAAUAUAUUUUGUUAUAUUGUAUGAAUAAACUGUUGAUGUUAAAGAUUGGUUUAUUUCUAUGGACGGUUUGAAAAUGGAUAUGUUGCAGCGGUUGUGAGAUGAUUUAUAUUGACGUUCACUAAAUAUCUGACUAAAUUUAAGUUAUAUUUUUUGUAUAGACAUAGCUUUAAGAUUAAUGGUGAAUAAAUAAAUCAUCAAAA